GACCACAAGCGCGAACCCUACUAGGUUACAAAACAUGCGCCGGAAAGCAUUGCCAAGUCUCAUCUCGCGUGAGAUACAUGAAAUAUUUCAAGAGAGCGACACGGUUUGGGCGAGCGAGCAAUGGUUUCCAGCUCGUAGACGUGGACGCAAGAUGCACCUGGCGAGGGCAAUAUUCUCUGGUUUCAAGGAUAGAAACUCCAGCAUCAAGGGCGUGGCUGUGAUCAACAAAGAAGUUCAGGCUGCCACUUGGAGGGGCUAUAAUGCUUGGGGCGGCGCCGCCAAGAUCGUCACGCACGUCGUCUGGGCAAUCAUAUUAGCAGAUUGCGUCAUAAAACAACAAAAUGUGUGGAUGGACAGAGCAGAAAAAUUGUUGGCCGACGGCGAACCAACUCGUGCAGAUUUGAUGGAGCUGGUCAGGGCGAUCUUCGAUUAUCUCGCAUCCGUGAGAAAGUUAAAGGAAACCUCGCCCACUCCAACCGGCAUUCACUGCGAAAUUCUGAAAGUGAUCGAAACAAGCUCAUACCAGCUUAAAAAAUAUAUCGAGGGCAUGGCAUUGGAGCGAUCCACCUCACAACUGCUGGGAGACACGGAUAUCGAUGCCCUAAACUCCAUUCUUCUGAAAACGAUCGAGGAUCUAGGCCUGAUACUUUCCGACUCGAGCGAGAUAGACGUGGCUGCUCAGGCAAGAGCCUGGGACGCCGAUAGUACUGCAACGUCCGUCCAAGAGAGCACUGAGACUCUGUCUUUGGAACAAGCAUCCAUCGUCAGCCAUCUUACGGGAGCUUGCGAUUCCCAGGGGGACUGGUCGUCUCGCGAUAACGCGACAAGCAUAGCCGCGAGUCUUCUGAAACAUCUCGCAACAGUAGUACAAGAAACGCCAUCUGUCAGCGGGAAAGUUCCCGAUUCUGGGCAUUCUCAUUCGCUUUCGGCGCCAUCCAGGUUCGAAGGUUUUGUGCCGGAUGUAGAGGUACUGAAAGCCCAACUACGGGGCUCAAUCAUCUCCGCCGUAUUUUCUGAAAUGCCUCAGGAUCAGACCCUUCUCGACUACAUCGCCUUGACACACCGACUUUUUGCCGGGCUCAAGGACAAACAUCCGAACUCAUCCAUUGUCAUGAUCACGACAAUUACCAUGAAGGAGUGCGGCCUCAAUCUAUGGCGUGAAGCAGCUGAGGCGGCGACCAAUGCUGCUUGGCGCGUAAUCCUAGAACGAGGUCUCAUUCCUUCAAUCGGAGAUCGGAGGACUAUCUUUUUACGAGGGACACCAUUCGAUGAGGCUCGGCUUCAGGUCCAGAAGGAACGAGAUGACAUGCUCCUUUUACGGAAAGUCUCCCCAGUUUAUACCCUUCUAGUGGAUGAAAUAUCCACUAUAGCGAAAUCGGGUUACGACGCCAUCGAAUCUGCCCUAAAAGAGGUGUCUCAGACAACUGAUCAGUCGAGCGGCCGACUUCCUCAGUGGCAAUUGAACCACAAGCUCAACGUUACCAUUGCCCAGCUCUGUUGUCUCACUGAAGGCAUGCAGGAUAUCGAACCGGAUCAAUCAGCAGAGAUAUCUGAGAUGCACUUCGGGCCCUCUGACCAUAUGUCGAGUGCCUCAUGCGACUCGGAUGGGGCCACCACGUCGUCUGGAUCUAGUGUUGCGGGUGACUCUGUCUUCUCGUAUCAGUCACUCAAUACCUCCAGAAGUAGUCUACACCCAGAUUUCCAGUGCUAGAAUCUGAGUGGCUAUUCGUCUCUUUGCGAUGGCAAUUAUGUACAAG